ACGACAUAAGAAAAUGCCUUCACCGGCUGCUCGUUUCCAGUCGCAGGAGGUCGGUAGCGCAGCUGUUUCCUGGUAAAAAUGGCGGCUUUCAGAGCCACGGCGCUGCCUUCCAGGGGCUUAAAGAAAUUGUUACACGUAUAUCUCCUCCUGCACCUUGCACAGCCUCUACAUGCGGUGUCGGAGCCGGGAAAGUGGAUCGUGAACGUGGACAGCAAUUCCAUUAAUCAGCAGGACAAAUUCAUUUUCAAAAAGACACUGUUUAACAACUCCAUAGUAUACCUGCAAUGGCUGGCGGAGAACUGCAACCCUGCUGUGAACUUCACCAUCUCGUGGUACCUGCGCAGCUCCCGCUGCUACGAUGAGGUGUUUGCUCUGGAUAACUCGCAGGUGGGGUCGUACUUCAAGUCGGACAGCGAGGUUCCCGAUGGGGGCAGCGGCUUCUAUGUUUUCCACUCCUACGACACGCAGGAGUGCGUACUGCACACCACGCGGAACGAGCUGACCGUGAGGCACUUCGAUACGCCGAAGCAGCUGAGGAAACCAGAGGUGGAAGAGACCAGCACAGGCAACCAGGGGAAGAGGAAGCGAAGUGCUGUGUCUGAGAAGGGUGAAGCCCUUACAACAAAAAAGCCCUCAGUCAAGGAGGAGGGAGAGGUUAAAGGUCAGGUGAAGACCACCUCAGCAGUCUCGGAUGUGCCACUGAACGCUGUGGCCAAAGCGUGGGAGGACGGUCCGUACAUGUUCAUCGUCCAGAUCAGCCCCGCCAAGAAGCCAGGAGAGGAGGGCAGCACCUGGAGCCUGCAGUUGGAGGUCCAGAUGAAAGGGCCACACGAGUACAUCUCUGCUUCCGAAUGGCCUCUCAUGAUUUUCUACAUGGUGAUGUGCAUCAUCUACGUGCUGUUCGGCGUGCUGUGGCUCGGGCUGUCUGCCUGUUACUGGAGGGACCUGCUGCGGAUCCAGUUCUGGAUCGGCGGGGUCAUCUUCCUGGGAAUGCUGGAGAAGGCCGUCUACUACGCCGAGUUCCAGAGCAUCCGAUACGACGGCCUCUCAGUUCAGGGGGCGGUGGUGUUCGCCGAGGUCCUCUCGGCUGUGAAGCGGACCCUUGCUCGUGUCCUGGUCAUCAUCGCCAGCCUCGGAUAUGGAAUUGUCAAGCCGCGGCUGGGGGCUCUGCUGCACAGGGUGGUGGGCGUGGGGCUGCUCUACCUCAUCUUCUCCAUCGUGGAGGGCAUCCUUCGGGUCAACUCGGAUCAAGAUGGGACAAGCAGGCUUCUGUGUGACAUAGUGCUGGCCGUUACUGACUCCUGUAUUGUGUGGUGGAUCUUCAUCAGCCUGGCCCAGACCAUGAAGCUGCUGCGACUGCGGAGGAACGUGGUGAAGCUCUCCCUCUAUCGCCAUUUCACCAACACCUUGAUAUUCGCCGUCAUCGCCUCUGUCAUUUUCAUCAUCUGGACAACAAAGACCUUCAGAUUCGCCCAGUGCCAGUCGGACUGGGGGGAGCUGUGGAUUGACGACGCCUUCUGGAGGUUCCUCUUCUCCAUCGUUCUGCUGGUCAUCAUGUUCCUCUGGAGGCCGUCAGCCAACAACCAGAGAUACGCCUUCAGCCCUCUGGUUGACGAGAUGAGUGAAGAAGAGAAAGAGCAGCUGAUGAACGAAGCGUUCGAGGGUGUGAAAAUGAGAGGAAUGAAAUCGGAGACCAACGGAACGGCCAGGACGAACAAAGUGGAUGAAGAUUUGAAAUGGGUCGAGGAGAACAUUCCCUCCUCCAUGGCAGAUGUAGCUCUACCGCCCUUGCUGGACUCAGAUGAGGAAAACAUGACCACAAAAUUUGAAAUGUCCAAGAUGGAAUAAAAGCCUGUUGUAUUUAUUGUAAAUAAUAGUGUGUACAAUUAUUUUAUGUUGGUCUGAUUUUACUCUCAAAUAUUUGUAAAUUCGCUGAGAUGAAAGUAACAAACAAGUGAAGAAUGAGAUGCUUUUAUUUUCUUUGUAUUGGAUAUUUUUAUUUAUACUGUACUUCCAAACUGUUGUUGGACUUCAGGAUGCAGUUACUGCAAAUGUAUGAGUUCACUUUCCUGUUUACAUAUCUGGAAUUCAGAUAAAUAAAUGCCAUACCCUUGUCUGAAAAUAUAUUUCUCUCUUCUCAGUAUUAUUCUGACAAAAAGAUUCAACUUUAGCCACAUUAUAAUUCAUACAAUAAAACAUUUUUAAAAGCGAGA